AUGCCUGAACUCCCCGUUCGCAGCUCUGAUGGAGGAGAUUCAGAAGCCAAGCGGAGGAAGGUGCGCAAGGGGACCAAAAGUUGCUGGGAGUGUCGAAAGAGGAAGAUACGCUGCCUUUACCCCUCUGAAGAUGCACCAACGUGUGCUGGCUGCGACGCGAGAGGCGCCACUUGCGUGAGCCAGGAGUUCGCAGACGAGCUGCCGCCAGCGCCAGACAGGCGACUGACUCAGAGAUUGGGACGGGUGGAGGACCUCUUGGAGAGACUUGUUGAGAAGAUCAUGCCCGACUCUUAUACUCCUGAGCGAAGAGCUGUUGGCAGCAGUUCAUCCGUCUCGGUCGAAGAUGAGAUCGAUCCCACAGGUGGUGCCUGUCCGUUCUCGGCCGGCCGCCCCCCUGUGCGUAGAAUGUUGGAAUCUUUGCGAGGAUCGCCUGCUGUCGCUGCGGCACCGUGCCCGUAUGAAAACGAUACACCGGCGCUCUCGGCCAAGCAUGCACAAGUCGCCAAGACACUCCAUGCCCUGUUUCCUUGUCAGCAAGAUACCGAUGCCAUCACUUCAGCAAGCGUAGGCCCUUACUUCGUCGUCAUGUUCGUGGCUAGUCAUCGUGACCGAGCUGAAGGGCGGACGGAGCCGGCAUCCUCGGUAUCGGAGAUCCCAUCUGCUACGAGCCAUCCGGCACUUCUCGCAAAGCGGCUGAUGCAACUGACCAACUGCAUGCAGCAGCUUCCACCUUCGUCUUUCCUCCGUCUGACAUCGAAAGAAUCUGUGCGGGCAAUGAUGGUCAAAUAUGCAUCGACCGUCUCGGAUUUGGUUGCUUCUGACGAUGACCUCGUCGGCUCCGUGGAAGGUCUUGAAGCACUCACCCUCCUUAUGCUAUAUCACACAAAUUCUGGCAACCUACGGAAGGCGUGGCUCGCUGUCCGGCGUACCUUGUCGGUUGCUCAACUUAUGGGGGCCGACAGAUGGGGUGAUGAACCACUAAAGUCCGUGGACCCGAAGUCAGAUCCAUCGACUCGUGCCAAAGCCAAAAUGCUCUGGUUUGUUAUCAACUUCUCCGAUCGCUACCUUUCUCUUCUCCUUGGCCUCCCGGCUGGGACAGAUGACAACUCCUUCGCGGAUGAUGAUCCUCAUGAUUCACCUAUGGAGAGGUUGGAGAAAAAGCACGCCGUACUGGCUCAUGCGCUUAUCAAGCGUAAUUCCAAUAUGAAGAGCGACUCAUCCUUCAGCACCACGCAGACCAUCGACUGCGACCUCGAGCAGGCCUGGAGGUCGAUGGGUCCCUCGUUUUGGCAGCCCGUACAACUCGACACCACUGCAUCACCCGUUGAGCGGCAUCAAGUCAUGUCACACCUGUUGAUGCAGUUAAAUCACCACAACCUUCUCAUCCUGCUACACUUGCCAUACAUGAUGCGGGACCCGAAGGAACGGCGAUGGGACUACAGCAAGACGACAUGCAUGAGCUCGUCGCGGGAGCUGCUGCGGAGCUUCCUCUUAUUCCGGCGUCUCAACGAUGCCUCCUUCAUAUGUCGGCAUACCGACUAUGGCGCAUUGACAGCGGGUUUGACGCUGCUACUCGGGUACCUGGAUCCGAAGCUGCAUGAGCGCGACGAGAACAGCAUUCGUGCAAGACAGGCAGAUCAGAAGCUGGUCCAGGACACGCAGUUCGAACUGCGUGACAUGGCCGAGAAGAACAAGGACAAAUUGUCCUUCCAGUCUUCUGACCUCAUCAGUCGGUUGCUGCCUCUGGCCGAUACUGAUCGGAUGAGCCGCUACGGGGCAGACGGGGCCGACGUGCCGGUAAGGCUGGACAUCCCCUACUUGGGCACCAUCAACAUCAAGAAGCGGCUGCACUCAUCCCUCGACGAGAAUCCGCCGCCUGCAGCUGAGACUCCGGCGCCUGUCGUCAUGCCGGACUUCCAGGGCUUUCCUACUCCAUACUCCAACGUUAAUGAAACCGACACGGCCGAUAUAAGUUACAUGACGCACGAUAACAACUUGUUCUCCUCGUUCGAUGAGACAGACUUCGCCCCUAUGCAAUUCGAGUUUACGAGCGACCAGCUGCGGUACCCAGAGCUUGCCGCUGACGCGGAGCAGUGGACUUUCCAGGGCUUCGAUACAACUUACUUCGAAAGCUUGUUCCCUGGGAUGUUCGUUGAUAACCAAGGAGCCUAG